AUGAAUGCUAGCAGUGGGCCUAUGCGCUGCAGUGAAUUUUCACUGUGGAGUGCAGAGCGCACAAAGAGGGGGCGCGCAGCAGCGUGAGCGUGAUGAUUUUUGGAGUGACGACACCACAAAACCAUAGCACAAUAUUACCGAAGCAGAUAGAAAUCGGGUAGAAGCGUCAUCCAACUGAGAAGCUCAGAGUCCACUAAAAGCGCCAGUGUUCGCCCAGACUGUGGUGAUCUAAUCCGGCUUUAAAAUGGUUCAGUUCGGCUGCAGGGUGUGCGGUGUCUCCGCUGUCGUCUCGCUGCUUCUGGCGGGGCUGGCAGCUGCGUCUUCUGAUCUAUUUGACAAUCAACUAGGCGACAUCAAUUACUGCAAAAAGCAAUGCCAGAUCACCGUCAAAAACAAAAGCCCAGCUAAAGACUCCAUUCUGAAUGCCUGUCACCGUGGUUGCCGUCUUUACUCCAUCUGCCAGUUUGUGAAUGGAAAUGCCGGCUUCAACACCAGCAGAGAGGAGUGUCAAGGAGCCUGCCAGGAAGCGUACAGCAAGCUGCUGGAGCAGGAGGCCUGCAGCACCGGCUGUGCCAGCCAGCCUUCUGAACCUGAGAUCAAGAGGAGGAAGUUGAAGGCCAUGGCCCACCGUCCCAUGCCCCCCUCCGUCAUGGACACCGUGUCCAGCUGGUGUAACGACAUCGUCAGCUCUGCUCAGAGCUUCAUCUCCUCUACCUGGACCUUCUACCUGCAGGCCGAUGAUGGCAAGGUGCUCGUCUUCCAGAGCCAGCCGGAGAUCGAGUACACUCUGCCGGAGCUGCAGGCCCCCCGUUCCAAUGUGGCAGACAAGCCCUGGCCACAGAUUCACUCCCACACACAGAGACCCCAUGGUGUGAAAGGACAUGGGGAGAAGGUAGCAGCCAAGGCGGGAGGCAAGGGCAAGCACCCAGCAGUCCAGCAACAUACAGAAGACCUAACCGCUGAACAUGACUUCCUGGGAUGCAUGUCAAGGCGUUCUGGGCUGCCUCGUUGGAUCUUGGCUGCCUGUCUCUUCCUGUCCAUCAUGGUGAUGUUGUGGUUGAGCUGUGCCAGCCUUGUCACUGCACCUGAACAGCACAUCAAAACACAGCUGAGCAUCAACGGAGACAAGGAGUUUCUUGAUGACGUCCAGAAGGUCAACCCCUACCAUCUGACCCCUGUGAUUGCUGUAGCUAUCGACCAACCAGAGGAGAGCGAGGAGGCAGGACCACUUCCAGUCAAGGUUGACAUCAACAAGACAUCUCUCUAGGGGACCAAUGGGAUAGGAUCAGUGCUUUCUGGGGUAACGUUUUCGUAAAACCUCCCUCAGUAAAAGAUGGAGAACAGAAACACACAAACACUCACACCAGAUUUUCUAUACAUGCAUGGCACCAUCCCUUCACUACAGGUUUGUCUCGUCUUUCUCUAGCGAGUCUGCCCAUCAGAUGUUAGCCUGUUGUGCUUGUCUCUGUGUAGAAUACUGAUUUUGUAGAUUCAUGCUGUCCAUUGUUAAACCUCACUAAGAGCUUCGAAAUCAAAUUGUCACCACCUUCUUGUACCUAUCAUUUUAUACUUGACACUGCAAUUGCUUAAGGCUUAUUUAAUAGACAGUUUAACUAUUAAAUGUAACUACUUAGAUCUGCCUGUGAGAGAGUUAAGGAGAACAGGGGAAUGAGCGCUGAAAGCUUUCCAAGCUUUUGAUGUACAAGGGGAUAGAGAAAGAACACAGGGAUUCAAAUUGAAGGUGAAUAACUGUUUUCCUCAUGCUCUUACAUACUUUUGGAAUUAAUUGGAGACUUGCAGAGAAAUAAAAGCAAUUGAGAUGUUCAAAAUGCUUUGAAAGGUAUCUUGUGAACGCUGCAGGAGACAAUAGCUACCAGUGUUCACCUUUGAUGCUGUGUUUGAUGUGUUUGAGUUUGACUGACGUCAACUGUGAGAAGCAAAUAUACAUAAUACAUCUUAUUUUCCUCACACUGAAUGAAAGAGAAUUCUCAUAUCAGAUUAAAACCUCUUAUGAAUUGGCCACUUUUUUCCCAUUUUUGCCUACAAUGACAUGCCAAAAUCUAACUGCCUGUAGCUCAGGCCCUGAAGCAAGCAUGUGCAUAUUCUUGGUACCAUUUGAAAGGAAACACACAAAAGGAAGUUUGUGGAAAUGUUAAAGGAAUGUAGGAGAAUAUAACAUUAGAUCUGGUAAAAGAUAAUACAAAGAAAGAAAAAAACAGUUUUUUUGUACCAUCAUCUUUGAAAUGCAAGAGAAAGGCCAUAAUGUAUUAUUCCAGCCCAGGUGCAAUUUAGAUUCUGACCACUAAAUGGGAGCAGUGUGUGCGCAAAGUAUUAGACUGAUCCAAGGAACCAUUGCAUUUCUGUUCAUUUGGCAGACAAAGGAAUUGUGCUCAAAUUAUGUUAGCUGGGUCACCCACAGCUAAGUGUGUGUGUGUGUGUGUCUCUAUUAGCGCGCGUGUGUGUGUAUUUGCACGCAUUUGCGUGUGUUUGAGGAAAAUCAACAGUGCUUGGUGUAUUUAUUUAUUUAUGCCUUUGUGUAUUUAUUCAGAACCAAUAGCAUAAAGUACCUGUUUGAUAGUGUAAUUGAAGUGCUAUGUAAAUGCUCAUCUAUCCAAAUCUUUCCUAUUGUUAUGACUGUAAUAAAACAUUGUAGCCCUUUUUCCAGAUUUGAAAAGAGACUAAUAUUAAGACUAAUAUUAUUGUGUUAUUAUUGUAUCUCCUCAAGAGUUACACCUAUUAGCUCUGAAAUGUGUCAUGCACUUUCUAGGAGUUGAUGGUUCUGUAUUCUAUACGAGCUCAUAAUGAAGGGAUGACCAAUGUGAUGCGCAAUGCAAGGCUUUUAGAAUAGACCUUUGUUUUCAAGUUACACAGUCAAUGAGCUAUAUUUUGAUUUUGCCUAGUCACAGUGCAUGCUAGUAUGCUACAACACAUUACAUUAAACCACCCAUCUCAGUAGCAGGAAACUAAUAUAGACUUGUGAUUUUUGUGUUUCUAUUUAAAUGUUGUAUAGAAUGUUAUGAUAAUAAUCUCAUGAUUUAAGUUUGGGGAAGAAACAAGAUGGAUAUAUCUAUAAACCAUUCAAUAUCAGUCCUGGUUCAAGUGAAAGUUCAUGUAGCUAGUGAUAGGAGUUUCAAACUGUAACGGUUCCUUUUUAUCGAUUUGUUUUCAAUUAAAUGAUAUACGACAUGACGAAUAAAGUGUUUUCAUGUUAAACAUAA